CUCGACGCGCCCACAGCACCCCUUUCAGUCUUUUGCACGAGGCUCUUGUUUAUUCCCUUUUUGUUCGAACUUUAUAUACCCCGUAAUACAACAUGUCUCGUGCAGCAAAGCUUGCGGAACUGCGAGCAUUGCGCGCUGCUGGCAAGACGCGCCUGUCCACAUACGAAGUCGCCGAAGAAGAGGAUCUGUACGAUACAGUCGAUGAUGAAGGCUAUAAGAAGGUUGUAAGAGGAAGGCUAGACCAGGAUGAUUUCGUUGUGGACGACAAUGGUGAGGGCUACGUCGACGACGGCCGGGAAGAGUGGGAUGACGGCCAGGGCCGCUACAAAUACGCUGCCACAGACAGCGAGGAAGAGGAAGAGCGGCCCAAGGGUAAAGCUGCAAAGAGGAAGCGCGAAGAAGACGCGGAGAAACAGGAGAAGAUCAACAAUGGCAUCAGCAAGUACUUCAGCGCGAAGACAGCAGCAAAGGCGCCAAAGCCGAAGCCCAUGGCUACUGCCGCCGACGCCGACUUUAUGGACGACCUGCUCGGCGAGAUCGAUACAAACAACGCCCGCUCUGCACCACGCACACGACCCGUAAAGACCGAGGCUCGAAGGAAGAUCCGAGUCUUGUCCCCACCGAUAUCAGAAAAUCGACCUGCAACAAAGACAAGGCACACGAACGACUCCGAUUCGUACAUGCUAGACACACCGCUAGCUACAACCGCGUAUGCCGACGAUGACGAUCUUCCAACAUUUCACGACGACGAUGUACACAUGAGCGACGCAGUGCUUCCGUCUUCACCUGUUGCUAAGGCUGUCGAGCGGAAGUCGAAGCCAACCGUCAAGUUUGAAGAGGAGGAGGAUCUCAUGGAGGUUGCUCUGCCCACUGGCCACAACGGUGUACCGGUCGCAAGCGUGAACAUGGCAGGAAGACGACCCAUAGCCAAGAUUAAGAAAGCAGACUACCCAACACCGGCCAGCUCGUCACCGGUUGGCCCCUCUACAGCCUCUGUAGAUGCAUCAUCCUGGAACGAUGUCACAAGCAGGCUCAAUGUCAUGAGUAGCCCAGCGCCACAAACCACAGGUGUGGGCAAGAUGAAGCCAGAAGCAGUACUGGAGGAGGACGGCAGCCUCAAUAUGUUCUGGACCGACUAUACGGAAAUUCAUGGCAGCUUGUGCCUCUUCGGCAAGGUAAAGGACAAGACAAGCGGUGGAUACGCAAGUUGUUUCGUCAAGAUCGACAAUGUCUUCAGGGAGCUCUAUUUCCUGCCUCGCGAACAUCGCCACGUUCGAGGCGUAGCCACCGAUCAAGAAGUCGAGAUGAGCGAUGUGUACGAGGAGGUCGACUCCAUCAUGACGAAACAACGAGUCACAAUGCAUAAGAUCAAGCCUUGUACAAGGAAAUACGCUUUCGAGCUACCAGACGUGCCGAAAGAGGCGGACUACCUCCAGCUCCUCUACGGCUACGAUAAGAUGCCUCUUUCUGCCGAGUUGACAGGAGAGACCUUUUCUCGAAUCUUCGGCACAAACACAUCCUUGUUCGAGCAGUUCGUACUGGGAAAGAACGUCAUGGGGCCGUGCUGGCUGAAGAUUGCUGAUGCAGACUGCGGUGCGAUCCACGGCGCCUCCUGGUGUAAGCUUGAGGUGUCAGUCACCAAGCCCAACAACAUCACGGUCCUGAGCAAUUCAGACAACCUCGACGCCCCUCCGAUGACCCUCAUGAGCUUGUCUCUGCGUACGAUAUUUAACGCGAAGGACAACAAGCAAGAAAUCCUCAUGGCGAGCGCUAUGAUUUACGACAAUUUCUCGCUCACAGAUACGAGUUCAAUCGACGAGAUGCCAUGCAAGAGCUUCACCAUCAUGCGACCGAAUGGUUCUUCGUUUCCUGUUGGAUUCCAACUUGAAGCCUCCAAGCUGAAGGGCAAUUUCUCCUUUAUGAAGACAGAGAAGGAGCUGCUUAGCUUGCUUAUGGCUAUGUUCCAACGUCACGAUCCAGAUGUGCUCGUUGGUCAUCGCCUGGACGAUGUAGACUACAGCGUUCUGCUCAACCGUCUGCGGGAAAACAAGACGCCAGGAUGGCACCGUGUGGGUCGUCUCAAGAGGAGCGAUUGGCCAAAGAACUUCGGCAAAGGCGGAGGUAGCUUCUUUGCCGAGAAACAAUUGGCUGCCGGUCGCUUGCUUUGUGAUUUGGCAAACGAUCUUGGAAAGUCACUCAUGACCAAGUGCCAAUCCUGGAGUCUGGAGGAGAUGUGCCAAUUGGUUCUCAACAAGAGGCGCGAAGAGCUCGAUAACGAGGCCGCGCUGAAGAGUUGGGCGACCACCAAAGAAGGGCUUUUGAACUAUGUCAAGCACUGUCAAGCUGACGCGUACUUCAUCGCUGCUAUUUCGAUGAAGGUGCAGAUGCUACCCCUCACGAAGGUCCUGACCAACCUCGCUGGUAACUCGUGGGCUCGUACAUUGAGCGGUACUCGUGCUGAACGAAACGAGUACAUUCUGCUUCAUGAGUUCCACAAGAACCAGUACAUUGUUCCUGACAAGCAGUGGGGUAAGGGCAAGAUCAAGGUCGAGGAAGAGAACGCCGAGGGAGAGGAGGGUGUUGACGCAAAGAAGAAGGACAAGUUCAAGGGUGGUCUUGUCUUCGAGCCCGAGAAGGGUCUUUACGACAAGUUCAUCUUGGUUAUGGACUUCAACUCGCUGUACCCCAGUAUCAUCCAGGAGUUCAACAUUUGUUUCACGACAGUUGAGCGGUCUGACCUGGCCGAGGAUGAGGACAAGGUGCCAGAGGUACCAACACACCAAGAGCAGGGCAUCCUACCUCGUCUCAUCGCUACGCUCGUGUCUCGUCGCCGGGAGGUCAAGAAGCUCAUGAAAGACAAGACUGCCACAUCGGACCAGCUCGCCACUUGGGACAUCAAGCAACUUGCCUUGAAGCUGACCGCCAACUCUAUGUACGGGUGUCUUGGAUACACGAAGUCUCGCUUCUACGCCCGACCGCUUGCCAUGCUCACGACAUACAAGGGUCGUGAAAUCCUGCGACGCACAAAGGACAUGGCUGAGGAGAAGGCGCUUCGCGUCAUUUACGGUGAUACUGACUCGGUCAUGAUCAACACCAAUGUCGACAACAUUCAGGACGCGCUCAAGCUCGGUAACGAGUUCAAGAAGGAGGUCAACGAUAGCUACAGACUGCUCGAGAUCGACAUCGACAAUGUGUUCCGCAGAAUCCUGCUGCACGCCAAAAAGAAGUACGCCGCGAUUAACAUGGUUCCCGUUGACGGGAAGUACAUUGAGAAGCUUGAGGUCAAGGGUCUUGACAUGAGGCGUCGUGAAUACUGCGCCCUCUCCAAAGAAACAUCGACCGAACUCCUCAAUUUCCUCCUGAGCGGCGAGGACCCUGAGACAGUCGUCGAGAAGAUUCACAACCAUCUCCGCGAGCUCAGCAAACAGAUGCGCGAAUACACGGUGCCCACACGGAAGUACACCAUAUACACACAGCUAGGCAAGAACCCCGACCAAUACCCAAAUGGUGCCUCCAUGCCCUCCGUCCAAGUGGCCCUGCGUCUUCAAGCCAAGGGCAAACACGUCAAAGCAAAAGACGUCAUGUCGUUCAUCAUCACGGGCGACUCAUCGGGCUCCGCCGAGAACGCAGCAAAGAACGCAUAUCCUGUGGACGAAGUGGUCAAGCCCGGCAGCGAGCUCAAACCCGACGUCGACUACUAUCUGCACAAGCAGAUCUUGCCGCCGGUCGAACGCCUCUGCGCGCCCAUCAGCGGGACAAACAUCACGCUCCUCGCCGCGUGUCUCGGCCUCGACACAACCAAGUACAGAGUCAGCACGGCGAGCGAGGGGAACAAACAGGACCACGACAUCUCCCCGCUUGAAUCCCAAAUCCCCGAUGCCGUGAGGUUCGAGAAAUGCACACCCUUGUUUCUCCGCUGCAGGGUGUGUGCAUGCGUCGCGCCGUUCCACGGCGUCGCGAAUGCGCGGACCAGCACGCUGAGCCACGAGGGCGUCAAGUGUGCAAACGAAGCAUGCGGACAAGUCUUGUCAACGCUCUCCAUGGCGGCGCAGCUGCAGUCCCAGAUCCGGCAGCUGCUCGCCCGGUACUACGAGGGCCGGGUGCAGUGCGACGAUGCAGCGUGCGGCGCCCUCUCGCGCAGCAUCUCCGUGUACGGAUCGCGCUGCCUCGGCCCCAAGGGGCUGGCCAAAGACUGCCUGGGCCGCAUGCGCUGGGUCGUCGGCGAGAAGGACGUCUGGAACCAGCUGCUCUUUUUUCAGAGCCUGUUCGACCCGGACCGCGUCGCUAGGGCCGAGGGCGUGGGCGCUGAGCAGAGGGAGCGGAUGAAGGUGCUUGCCGAGGUCAAUCGCGAGAGGUGUGAGACGCUUGGCGGUGUUGUGGAGGCGUGGCUCGAGAGGAAUGGCAGGCAGUGGGUGCAGAUGGAUAGUCUGUUUUCGUUUGCGCUGAAGUAGGGGGCCGGGGUGAAAGAGCGGGCGUUCUGGGGCGUGCUGGCUAAGGCAUUUUGGAUACUUGUGUUGUUGGAUGCAAUCUAUCUUCUCUCGUGCUCGAGGUUUGGGUAUUACGAUUGUGUGGUGUCUGUGACUGAUCAUCAUGGAGAUGGAAAUGGAUACGUUUUACUCUGGUAGGGGUAUAGUCAUUCCUCAUCGAACAAACAAACGAACCACCCCAUCACCCUCUCCCCUCGUCCCUCCCUCCCACCUCGAAGCGCCCACCCCCCUUCCACCACCUAAGUCUUCGCAACACC